GUUGGGGGGGUCCACCUGACUGUCUAGCUGCCUGUCUGUGUGUCUGUCUGCCGGGCACCAGCCCAUCGCUGGCAGGAACUCCACCCGCCGGCACUGGGCAGGAGUCACUCUGGAGAGAGCGCGGCCCCGCGGCGGUAGGAUGGGGAACGCUGCGGGCAGCCUGGAGGUGUCACCGGGGGCCAAGGAGGGUAGGAGCGGCCAGACCCCCGCCUCAACGCCCCCCACAGCCACUGCCAGCCCCCAACGCCACUCCCGGCCCAGCACCGAGCAGGAGCUGGAGGAGAGGUUCUCACAUGUUCUGAACUGCAUGAACCUGCCACCUGAGAAGGUGUCUUUACUGAACCAGUACGAUAGUGAGAAGAAAUGGGACCUUAUCUGCGAUCAGGAGAGGUUCCAGGUCCGGAGCCCGCCGUCUGUCUACAUCCAGAAACUGCGCGGCUUCCUGGACCAGGGAGGGGUCAGCAGGAAGUUCAAGAGACGGAUCCAGGAGUCGGCACAGGUGCUGAGGGAGCUGGAGAUCUCACUGCGAACAAACCACAUCGGAUGGGUGCAGGAAUUCCUGAACGAUGACAACAAGGGGCUUGACGUGCUGGUCGACUACCUCGCCUUCACACAGUCAGCAGUCACAUCUUUUAAAGAAACUGCAUGGAAUUUUGUGCGGAGUUUGAGUUAUGUGGAAAGGCACAGCUCGGAGAGCACGGACAAUGGCAGCGUGGCUCCCGACAGGAGCAAACCCCUGGAGCAGUCGCUGGAGGAUCUGAGCAAAGAAUCGUCGCCAACACAGGGCUCGUCCCGGGCUGGGCGGCACCUCACCGUGCGGCAUCAUACUGGCCACGGCAGGAAGACCAUUCGCUCCUCACGGAUGUUCAGCCAGAAGGACGAUGUCCACGUGUGCAUCAUGUGUCUGAGAGCCAUCAUGAACUACCAGUCCGGCUUUAACCUGGUGAUGCAGCACCAUCACUGUGUAAACGAGAUCACACUCAGCCUCAACAACUGGAGUGCCAGGACGAAGGCGCUGGUGCUGGAGCUGCUCGCAGCCGUCUGCCUGGUGCGAGGGGGACACGACAUCAUCAUGUCAGCGUUCGACAACUUCCAAAUGGUGUGUGGGGAGAAGCGACCGUUCGAGAAGCUGAUGGAGUAUUUCCAGAAUGAGGAUGGCAGCAUUGAUUUCAUGGUGGCCUGUAUGCAGUUUAUUAACAUUGUGGUCCACUCUGUGGAGGAUAUGAAUUUCCGGGUGCACCUGCAGUUUGUGUUCACAGCCCUGGGUCUGGACAAAUAUCUGGAGACGCUGAGGGAGACGGAGAGUGAGCGGCUGCUGGUACAGAUCCAGGCGUACCUGGACAAUGUGUUCGACGUGGGGGCGCUGCUGGAGGAAGCUGAGAACAAGAACACCUUCCUCGAGCACAUCCAGGAGCUACAGCAACAGGUGGCACAGCUGACCGAGAAGCUGCAGGAAAGCGAGAACGACACCAUGAGCAAAGUGGCCGAACUGGAGAAACAGCUGAUGCAGGCACAACGAGAGGCCGAGCAACAGCGGGAGAGUGCCCGGGAUUCGGGGGCACGGCUGACCGCGCUGCAGGAGAGUGUGGCUACCGGCGAGCGCACGGCUCAGCACCCCUCGGGCCUGGAACAGUCGGUGCUGGAGCUGGAGGAGCAGGGCCUGAUCCGCACCCGGAGAAGAAAGGACGGCAGCCUCGCCAUCGAGAUCGUGCCCCCGGUCACCGUCACCUCACCACUACCCGACACAGCCUCCGCACCCUCGGCCCCCGCUCGCCAGGGAGGGGCCGGCAGCACGGAAACCGAUCGGACGAGAGUGGAAGCCCCGGCCCUGCCCCCAACCCACUCCGCGGCACCAAGCAGCAGCAGCCCCCCUCCCCCUCCCCCUCCCCCACUGCUUCCCGAGACCACGUCAGAUACAGCCCCCCCAGCUACAGGUACCCCGGCCCCACCACCUCCCCCUCCCCCACCGCCCCCCUGCGCAGCUCCGACCCCCGGAGGCCCACCACCCCCACCUCCCCCCCCACCACCAGCAGGAGUCCCACCCCCACCCCCACCCCCACCUGGUCCGGGCUCGGGUCAGGCUCGCACGUUCCAGUCCGUGGCCGCCAGCGUGACCUCAGCCAUCCGGAUGAGGUCCCCGAUUCAGACGAAGUUCCGGAUGCCGCUUCUGAACUGGGCUUCGCUGCAGCCCAACCAGAUCACCGGCACCGUCUUCACCGAGCUCAACGACGAGAAGCUUCUGCAGGAGCUGAACAUGGCAGAUUUUGAGGAGCGCUUUCAAACCAAGGCCCAGAAGUCGGCCGUGGACAUCAACACCAUCAAGGCCAAAGCAGCUCAGAAAUGCCAGAACAAAGUCAGUCUGAUCGAGGGUAACCGCGCCAAGAACCUGGCCAUCACCCUGCGCAAGGGGGGCCUGAACACCGAGGCCAUGUGCCAGGCCAUCGACAGCUUUGACCUGCAGUCGCUGAGCCUGGACUUCCUGGAGUUGCUGACGCGCUUUGUGCCCACGGAGUGCGAGCGGAAGGUCCUGGAGAGGUACGAGGCGGAGGGGCGGCCACUGGCAGAGCUGGGGGAGGAGGAUCGCUUCAUGAUCAAAUUCAGUAAAAUCCCGCGGCUCGACAAGCGCAUGGACACCAUGAUCUUCAUGGGCAACUUCAGCGACACCGCCCAACGGCUCACCCCGCAACUGAACGCUGUCAUCGCUGCCUCAAUGUCUAUCAAAUCGUCCACCAAACUGAAGAAGAUCCUGGAGAUUAUCCUGGCAUUCGGCAACUACAUGAACAGCAGCAAGAAAGGCAUGGCGUACGGUUUCCGUCUGAAGAGUCUCGACCAGCUGCUGGAGACCAAGUCCACGGACCGUAAACAGACGCUGAUGAGCUACAUGGUGGACAUUGUGAACGAGCGAUACCCAGAGCUCAGCAACUUCCACACCGACCUGCUCUUCUUGGACAAGGCAGCGGCCGUCUCCCUGGACAGUGUGGUGCAGGACGUGCGGGGGCUGGAGCGGGGAAUGGAGCUGGCUCGCAAGGAGAUCCUGGUGCAGGACAGCAUGAUCUUGAAGGAAUUCCUGAGCAGCAACAAUGAGAAACUGGAGCAACUGCAGAGAGACAGCACCAGCGCCCAGGAGGCCUACAGUUCGGUGGUGGAGUACUUUGGUGAGAAUGUGAAGACCACACAGCCGUCUACGUUCUUCCAGCUUUUCACACGGUUCAUCAAAGCCUACAAGCAAACAGAGCAGGAUAACCAGAAUCGACAGAGAGAGGAGGCAGCGCAGGAGGCUCCGGUCACCGACCUGACUAACGCCAGCCCCCAGGACAAGAAGCCUCCAGCCCAGAAGAAGCCACCGUUCCUGGACCUGAUGGCGGAGCUGAAGAAGAAACAGAAUAAAGAGAGGAUCAUUUACGACGGCAAGGACGGGGCCAUCGAGGACAUCAUCACCGAUUUGAGGAACCAGCCAUACCGCCCUGGGGACGCCAUGAGACGCAGCGCCCGCAAGCGAGUGGAUGAGCAGACUCUGCGGGUGUCAGGGGAGGUGUCGCUAUAGCUGGCUCUGUCCCCGGCACAGCCCAGACCCUCACUCAGACACCAAAACCCCCAAUCAUGGCACAGUCUGCUCAGAACCCUCUGGGAGACGAGGUUUGCAUUGGGAGGACAGGUUGGCGAUAUUGACUGGAAAUUCCCCAGGGUGUGAUGGCAGAGAGUGAAGCUCAGAUCAGGUCCCCCUGACUCCCGCUCGCCUCCCCCCCACCCACCAA